AUGCCCGCCACCACCACCACCACCAGCGUCUUAAUCGUCGGCGCCGGACCAACCGGUCUCGUGCUCGCCCUCUGGCUAUCCAAGCUCGGCGUCAAGGUCCGCAUCAUCGACAAGGCCGAGCAAGCGGCAACCUCGACCCGCGCCCUCGCCGUGCAAGCGCGCACCCUCGAGCUCUACGCCCAGUUCGACCCUGCGCUCGCGAGCACCGUCGUCAGCCAGGGCCGCAAGGCCGUCGGCUUCAACGCCUGGGUCCACGGCCGCCGGGCCUCCCACGCACCCCUCGCCCAGAUCGGCGAGGGCAUGACGCCCUUUCCCUUUGUCCACAUCUACCCGCAGCACGAACACGAGCGGCUGCUGACGGACAGGCUGCGCCAGGACUUUGGCAUAUCUGUAGAAUGGCACACGGAGCUCGUCGGCUUCGAGGACCGACGCGGCGCCGGCCCCGUCGUGGCCCGGGUAAACACAGCACGCGGCGCGGAAGAGGUAAUCGAGGCAAACUACAUAGCUGGCUGCGACGGCUCGCACUCUGCCGUGCGCAAGACGCUGGGCAUCUCGUUCCCCGGCGGCGUGUACGACCAAUUGUUUUAUGUGGCGGACAUUGCUGGUGCCGGUCCCGCCAUGGACGGCGAGAUACAUGUCUGUCUCGACGAGGCCGACUUCCUGGCCAUCUUCCCUCUGGCUGGGCCGGGCUGCGCGCGACUCAUCGGCACGGUUCGGGACACGUCGUCGGCCGCACUGCGCGACUUGUCCUUUGACCGUGUGGGCGGCCGCGCCAUGCGCCAGAUGAAGCUCCAGGUGAGCAGGGUCAAUUGGUUUUCCACGUACCGCCUUCACCACCGGGUGGCGGAGCGCUUUCGCAAGGGGCGCGCGUUUCUGCUCGGAGACGCCGCUCACGUCCACAGCCCUGCCGGCGGCCAGGGGAUGAACACUGGCAUUGGGGACUCCAUCAAUCUUGCGUGGAAGCUGGCUGCCGUGCUGGCGGGCGACGCGGAGGACGUCUUGCUGGAUACGUAUCAGGAGGAGAGAGCUUGCUUUGCCCACCGCCUGGUUUCCACGACGGAUCGCGCAUUCAACGUGGCCACGGCAGAAGGGUGGUUUGCGCAGUUUGUCCGGACGAGAAUCGUGCCGGUGCUCUUUCCGGUUCUGUUUUCUUUCCGGGCGGUGCGCCGAUUCAUGUUUAGGACAGUGUCGCAGAUUACACUCAACUAUUGUGGCAUGACGCUCUCUUCUGGCCGCGUGGGAAAGGUAAGGGGGGGCCAGCGUCUGCCGUGGGUUGUCGUGGACGGAGUUGGGAAUUAUGAGUCGCUUUCGUCUGUGGCAUGGCAGAUUCACGUGUAUGGGACUGCGACAGACGCUCUGACGGCUUGGAGCAAGAAGCACGGCCUGAGGUUGACGUCAUUCAGCUGGACUCCUGGAUGUGCUUCUGCUGGACUGACCCGUGAUGCCGUCUAUGUACUACGCCCCGAUGGUUAUGUGGCCGUGGCUCAGACGAGUGUGGAUGUUGAUGCCAUUGAGCGGUACUUUGAUCGACAUCAGAUACGACUCUCUUCUUUGGGGAGAUGA